GCGCAACAAUGUCUUCGCUCUUUUCUCACACUUGAUUGAUAGCGGAUAAGGAAUCUUGAUAUGGAGAUCUUUCCUUCCUCUGAAUUUUGAAGGAAUUGUCUUCUCCUGUCUGUUGUGCUGUGGAUGAGUCUGAUGCAGUUCUGAUUCCUGAUCCUUUUGUGAGGCCUGUUUUUUUGAGUCUGCUUUCUGUCUCCGAGAUUCUCACAGUGAUGGGAUUCGGUGUUCUGAAUACUUGCUGGGCCCUCUCAGACCAGAAGCUCAUGUCCUUUGCUUCUGGGAGAUGUUUUGGACUAUUUUCAUUAAAAUUUUUACUCCCUAUUUUCCGUGUUUUUUUCCUAAAAUGCCAGUUUUUCAGAUGUCACAACAACACCUAGACUGGUCCCUUGAUUUUCUUAUUUUCGGUCCCUUGAUUUUCUUAUUUUCUGUCUCCUGAUAUAUGUUUUUCUGUGAGAUUACAGACACGUGCCACAUAGCAAUGUUUCAGUCAACAACAAACCACAGUGGUCCCAUAAAGUUAUAAUGGAGUUGAAAAAUCCCUACCACUUCGUGACAUCUUGAUGACUCUGACCCUGUGUUGGCCUAGGCUAAUAUGUGUGUUUGUGUCUUCGUUUUUAACAAAAAAGUUAAAAAGAUCUGAGAAAUAGAAAAAGCUUAUAGAAUAAGGAUAUAAAGAAAGAAAAUAUUUUGUAUAAACUAACAAAUUAGCUGAGCAUGGUAGUGUGUGCCUUUGGUCCCAGCUACUCAGGAGGCUGAGGUGGGAGGAUAGCUUGAGCCCAGGAGAUACAGGCUGUAGUGAGCUGUGAUCACAUCACUACGUGCUAGCCUGGACAACAUAGUGUUUUAAGCUAAAUGUUAUUGCAAAAGAGUCAAAAAGUUAAAAAUUUAAAAGUUUAGAGAGUAAAAAAGUUAUAGUAAGCUAACUUUAAUUUAUUAUUGAAGAAAAUAUAUUUUUAUAAAUUUAGUGUAGCAUAAGUGUAGACUGUUUAUGAAGUCUACAGUGGUGUACGGUCAUGUCCUAGGCCUUCACACUCACUCAGCACUCACUCACUGACUCACCCAGAGCAACUUCCAGGCCUGCAAGCUCCAUUCAUGGUGAGUGCCCUACACAGGUACACCAUUUUUAAUCUUUUAUACAUAUUUUUACUGUACCUUUUCUGUGUUUGGAUGCACAGAUCCUUACCAUUGUGUUACAGUUACCUGCAGUAUUCAGUAUAGUAACAUGCUGUGCAGGUGUGUACUCUAAUCAGCUGUACCGUGUAGCUUUGGUGUGUGGUGGGCUGUACGAGCUAAGCAUGUGUACAUAUGCUGUGAUGUUAGCAAGAUGAUGAAAUCGCCUAACGGCACAUUUCUUAACAACAAUCGCCUGUUGUUAAGCAUCUCAGGACUGUAUCUUAGCUUUCUCUUCCAGCCUUUCAGUGGACAUUCACAUUUCUCCUCUAAAAGCCCAAGAGCUCUUUCUGUACUCAAAAGUGUCCCUUCAUAGCUUCCUGUCAUGUUUUGUUGAUGUAACAUUUUGUCUUCUAUUUCUGAAGACAUCCUUGUAGGUCGAUGCUUUUUUAUGCAUUGACCCAUCUUUGGGGUGCAGGGAGGUGGUGGAAGGUGAACUUUGCUUCCUGCAUUUUGCCUGAGGAUGUUGCAGUUGCUUUUUCAAAAUGAGUGUUUCCCACCGCACUAUCAGCUCAAUGCCGAGACAGCACAUGCACAGAAGUUGGGCCUCAUUGGGCCUCCACCACCUCCACUGUCAUCAGAUGAAUGGGAGAAGGUGAAACAGCGCUCCCUCCUGCAAGGGGACUCCGUGCAGCCAUGCCCCAUCUGUAAAGAAGAAUUCGAGCUUCGUCCUCAGGUGCUGCUUUCAUGCUCCCAUGUGUUCCACAAAGCAUGUCUUCAGGCUUUUGAAAAGUUCACAAAUAAGAAAACCUGCCCUCUCUGUAGAAAGAACCAGUAUCAAACCCGAGUGAUACACGAUGGGGCCCGCCUGUUCAGAAUCAAGUGUGCGACCAGAAUCCAAGCCUACUGGAGAGGAUACGUUGUUAGAAAGUGGUACAGAAACCUGAGGAAAACAGUACCUCCCACAGACGCCAAGUUAAGAAAAAAAUUCUUUGAAAAAAAGUUCACAGAAAUCAGCCACCGCAUCCUGUGCUCAUACAACACCAACAUUGAAGAGCUCUUUGCAGAAAUCGAUCAGUGCUUGGCCAUAAAUCGAAGUGUUCUUCAGCAGUUGGAAGAAAAAUGUGGCCAUGAAAUCACAGAAGAGGAAUGGGAGAAAAUCCAAGUGCAGGCUCUGCGCCGGGAGACCCACGAGUGCUCCAUCUGCCUGGCCCCUCUCUCCCCUGCUGGCGGUCAACGCGUGGGCGCGGGCCGGCGUUCCCGAGAGAUGGCCCUCCUGUCCUGCUCACACGUGUUCCACCAUGCGUGUCUGCUUGCACUAGAGGAGUUCUCCGUGGGAGACAGGCCUCCUUUCCAUGCCUGUCCUCUCUGCCGCUCCUGCUACCAGAAGAAGAUUCUUGAAUGUUGAAUUCAUAGUCAAGGAAAGUUAGGUAAUUCUGAGGAAAAAAGUUUACCAUCAUUUUGGAUGAACUGCAUGAGUUCUGGGUUAAGUACUACAAUGUAAUCUGUUUCCCAGGGAAAUAAGCUAUUGGUAGUUGUAGGAGGUCUUAGUAUAUUUUAAAAGCUGACAGCCCACCUAAUUUUAAUCUUUUGUCUCUAAAAAGUAAAUUUCAAAUUCAUAAGUUUAAUCACUUGAAAUAUGAAUAGCAAAAAAUGAGAGCUUACUUACUUCUAAAAAUUGAGGUUAAGAUACAGCUAGUGUCUGACCGACACUCCUUAAAGUGAGUUCCAAAUGUAAAACACUACUUAAGUAAGUUCCAAAUGUUUUCCGCUAAUACUUUGUCCUAAAGCCUUUGCCAUUCCUAAUAUUCGUUUUGUAAUAAUUGCUGUAUUUCUGUGUAAUAAAAUAUAAAAAUAAAAUAUUCAGUGGUAUUCAACAUCAAAAAAAUGCAAAUUUUAAUGUCUUAGAGCAAUAAAGACUUUUAGUUCAUACAUUAAAAAAA